AGCACUCGUGCAAUGGCAAAAAAUAUUAAAAAGUAAAAAAAAAAGGAAAAAGAAAAAGAAAAGCAAAUAUAAAUGAAGAGGAGCUCUUGGUUUGCUUUAUUUUAAGAGCUGUGCAGAGGAAGCAAAGGCCCUCUGGUGGCGCGCAGCCGGCGAGGAGAGGAGACACGGCAGCCGGCGGACGGCGGACGGCGGAGGUUCAAAUUUGGUGGCCCCCAAAUGGGUUCGAGGGAGCGAAAGAAAGCAGCAGCUUCUUCUCAGAAUCAUAAGUCCAAAGAAUUUCGUGCAUCCACAAGCUCUAGUGCUGAGGUGAAUGUGGAGAGCGUAGAGAGGGGUUUUGUGAUAAAUGUGUAUUUGGAGAGGAAUUCACCGGGAUUGCUGGUUCGGAUUCUAGAAGUUUUUGAGAAAUUGGGCCUCGAAGUCCUCGACGCCACCGUGUCGUGCUCCGAUUCGUUUCAACUCCAAGCUGUUGGGGAAGAGAACGAAGGCACCAAAAUCAUAAAGCCCCAAGUGGUGAAAAAGGCAGUAAAACAAGCAAUCAAGGAAUGGAGUGAAAGUGAAAGUAAUGGGCAGGCAUAAAAAAACAACUAUUACAUUAUUUUUAUUUUUCUCUCUUUUUCUUUCAUAUUUUCUUUCACCCCAAACAGGACAACUCUUCUGUGUAUAGGGUAACAAUUUUUCAACCCUCUUUCAAUUUUCAAGUGUAGAACUCUCCACCCAAGGGGAAAAAAAAAAAAAAAAAA